CCCAUUACCGCACGAGUCUCUCUCUAGUACAGUGUGCAGUAACGGUGUCGCGUCAUUCUGUACAAUAAAAAUAGCCACGGGGGAAAAGAGCCGCAUUUGUGUUUUACAUUUCCAUUCAACCGAUCCGUGUCUCUAGAGUUGGCUUUUUCAUCUCAUUCUGAAUUCAGAAAUUGACUUCUGCAUUAAUUCACAGGUGGAUACAACUAUGGAACUUUGUAAAGAGGAAACUUUAUCUGAUGAUGUUCUGCCUGUUGUCAUUGUUGGUAAUGGGCCAUCAGGGAUUUGUCUGUCUUAUUUGCUGUCGGGACACACACCUUACCUUUCCCCGGACGGCUUUCACCCCAACCCUAUUUUGCAUAACAAACUUUCAGAAAAUCCCAAUCUGUCUUUGUUUGACCAGGAUCUCGAGUACCUGUGCGAGGGUGUGGAGGGUCGUUCAUCAAACCCUGUGGCUGUGCUUUUUGAUGCCCUUUUGCUCCCUGAUGGUGACUUUGGAGUUGACUGCCCAUCACCGCUCGUAUGGCAGUACGAGCCAGAAAGGGCCAUACCCCAUCUAGUAUUGGGAAAGGGGCCACCUGGUGGGGCCUGGCAUGCUAUGGAGGGCUCGAUGUUUACUCUCAGCCUGGCUAACUGGAUGGAGCUUCCUGGUCUGAAGCUGAAAGACUGGGUGAGAGAUAAAAGAAGAAAUGUACGUAACGACCGAGCCACACCGGCUGAGAUUGCGUCUUACUACCAGCACUAUGUGAAUAAAAUGGGCCUGGAGAAGAGAUUUGCUUGCGGCACGACCGUGACCUCCGUCCGCCAGGUUUCACUCGACUCCGGCCGCACCGUUUGGAAGAUCCAAGGCCUCCAGAGGAAAUCCAAGGUUGGUGAAGGACAGGAAGAAGCUGAGGUCCCUUUCUCCGUUCACGCUGAAAACGUGGUGCUCGCUACAGGAACUCACGACAUCCCGGCACGCCUCGGCGUGGAGGGUGAGAAUCUUCCCUUUGUCUGCCACAGCUUCUGGGAGCUGGAGGCCGCCAUUUCCUCCGGCCAUUUGGAUUGCGCCUCGGAGCCGGUUCUCGUGGUGGGUGCUGGGCUGACGGCGGCAGACGCCGUCCUUGCGGCUCACCACUUGAACACGCCUGUAUAUCACGCCUUUCGUCGACCCGUAACCGAUCCGGCUCUCAUCUUCAACCAGUUGCCCAAAGUCCUCUACCCCGAGUACCACAAAGUGCAUCAGAUGAUGAGCCAACAGCAGCACAAAGUGAACGAGACUGUGGUGAAUCUUUUUAAUCAUCCCAUCGGUUCGCCUGCGGAUAUCACGUGUUACCCAGGUUAUCUCAGUUUCCCUAAGCACCGGGUGGUUGAGUUUAAGCCGGAUGGAAAAUGUGUGCUAGAGGGUGAAGGAGGGCUUCAAACCGUUCUGCAGGUCUCGAUGGCGCUCGUUUUGAUCGGGUCACAUGCAAACCUGUCUUUUCUCCCAGAAGGCGGUCACUCGUUGGCUCUGGAUCCAGAAGAGCCAAUUAGCUGUCGACGAAACCCAUUAGAUGUGGAUCCAUACACGUACGAGAGCGUUAAGGAGCCGGGGAUGUAUGCCAUGGGGCCGCUGGUGGGUGAAAACUUUGUACGCUUCCUGAAAGGUGGCGCUUUGGCUAUCGCGUGUGACAUUGGGCGUAAACGCAAAACGAAACAACAAGAGAAUUGCGUUACAAGCUUGUUGAACAAUCAGCUGACCAAUUGCACCUUAGAGGCAUAAAGAUUACGAAGAAGUACUCUUUUAAUUUACAUUUAUACGUUUGGCAAGCUCUUUUAUUAAAAGUGGCUUGCAGUGCAUUACAGGUAUACAAAGUAUACACUGGGUUCGAACCCAUGACCGUUUGCAUGGCUAAUGCAAUAAUCUACCCCUGAGCUUUACAGAAACACAUGUUAUGGAAAUCUUGUUCAUGGAGAGCAAGAUAAAAAUCAUUCGCUUGUGACUUACAUGCACUAACACAGUUUUUCUUGUAAGUCAUUAACUAGCCAGAAAGUUGGUCUAAACAUUAAUCUAAAUCUAUGGACAGGGUGCUUGUAAGACUUCAGGGAAUGUUUUUCUUUAUUUUUUUACAUGCCUGAUCACUUGAAACUGUUCACUGUUUGUGCCAAAUCAACAUUUGUACUGCGUUUUCAUGUGGUCGGAUCAAACAUUUUCUUCGUGUGAGGAAGUAUGCAAUACAAUUUUGCUACGCAAAUACUGAUGUUUAUAAGUCUUGGUACAUGCUAGUUCCCAUUUCUUGUUUAGAAAUAAGCACAGUUUAAACGUAAAUUGCGUAUUGUUGGUGAUAUGCAGUAUUUUUGGGGGGGUUAUGGGAUUUACUUAUUUUACAUUGACAAACGAACAGUGUUCAUUUAGCUUGAUGUACUCAUAAUUGUAAUGGCAUUAUGACGUGUUUUACUACCUAUAUUUAAUUUUGGUCUUCUGCACAUCUGAGUAUACCACUGUAGAGAGUCCAUUAGGUAUACCAGUGGUUCUUAUAAUGGGGACGGGAAAUUUUUUUACAUGAUAAAUUUAUCAUUAAUUAUGCUUCAGAAAAUAAGGCUACUUACGAACAGCACUACAUUGUAUAAUUGAAUGUUUUAAUUUAAAUUUGAGAUUGUUUUGUGUCAUGAACUUUCUAUGAGGGGUUACGAAAGGAUGCACUCUACACAAGAAUGAAGAAACUCAAACUUAAUGUCUAAAGUAAGGACUCGUAAAAGUUGUUGUAAGACUUUAUGUAUUCUUUAAUAUUUCAUGCUGCUCAUUCCCCAAAGCUGAAACUUGUGUAAGGUCAGGUUAAACUUACAAAACUGAGCACUAGAGAGGGAUCGUGCAUGCAGAUAUGAUGCCAGUUGUAGAAUGACACCAUUAUCUACAUCAGUGGUUCUCAAACUGGGAGCCCCAGUUUAACAUUUUAUAAAAAAUAAUUUAUUAUAAAUUCUGUGUAAUUAAACCUCAGAAAAAUAAGGCUACUAACCAACACCAGUACAUUGUAUAAUAUAAUAUGUUUUGUUUAAUUCAAAUUUUAAGAUAUGGAAUGUUUUAUCUCAUAAAUUUUUGAGGGGCACACGCCGAAAAAGUUUUGAGAACCACUGAUCCACAUAACCCACAAGCUUAUGUGAAAUAAGAUGAUGUAUGGGCCAAAUGAUGUAUGUUGAUACAAUGAACAUGGUUGUUAUAUAAAAAAAAAUAUGAAAUGCAUAUCAUGUUUCUUUAAGAAAGUUAUUAUAGUCUCUAUUUUCAAAUCUCAAAUAUCAUUCUACUGUAUGAUUUAUCUAAGUUUUGAUCCCUGGCAGCUCGGAUUAAACAUGUUUUUAAAAAUGAUUUGUACUCCUGUAAAAAAGAACUUUGUAAAAGAUGUUUAUUUACAUUAAUUGUUAGUGUCAAACACUAAUAAAAAGAGAGAUUGGAAAAUGCUAAA